AGCCAGCUGUGAUCUGUCUGCCAGUUGCCUUGACUGCCACAUUUCGAUUUUCGUGGAACGCGCCGUUUUGUUUAUGUUCUACAGUUAAUGCAUUUUGUAUAGUAAACUGUUAAAAGUUUGGAUUACUUGAAUUAGCUGGAUACUUGUUUCUAAUGAAAAUAAUUAUAUAUGAAUUAUGCAAGUCGAGUCAUUGAUUUUAAGCUAAAAUGAUGGACGCAUCUAGUGAGCUGCCAAACAAAAUGGCACAUUUAGAUAUAAUGGAGAUCGACGAACCCUCUCCUGAAGUCGCAGAAAAUAAACCUCAAGUGUCUGAGUUGCCAUCCAGAAUUUUACGAAAAAGGAAGUCUAUAACACCCGAAUCAAGUAAAUCAUCGAAUCGUAGAGUUAGUAUGAAGCCAAGUAAACGUAUUAUGACUGAAAAUGCAAACCCAAAGCAAAUUGAAGCUUUGUAUCUGAACAAAAAAGUUAAGUCAUUAUCACAGACUUUAGAAACUAUUUACGAGGAACCAAAGGCUCAGAAUAGUGAGACUGAAGUACUUAUUGGUGGGAGGAAAGUGAAAAGACUGUUAACAUUCCAAUUAGGUAAUCAAUACACUAAAGAAAAGAUAAAGAAGCGUAGAGCUAAAAUAAAGAAACUUUUGGGAAACAAAUCCUUCUUGAAUAGAAAAAAGAUACCAAUGCAAGUGUUUCUUAAAACUAUUGAGUGUUUGGAAUUGGAUGAAGUAGUGAAAACAGAAGCUUCUUUGCCACUUAAAGAAAAAGUGUAAUGAUUUCUAAAAGACUUAUGGUACCUUACCCUAUGGUAUUAUUCUACAUGUGUAUCAGUGUUCGUACAAAAUAAACUUCAGCUGUUAGUAAUGGCAGACUUUUUAUUUGCUGUUAUUAUGCUAAAAUUCAAACAUUGAGAUUCAAGAAAACAUUUGUAAAACAUGUUUAUUGGAAUACUUAUUAGUAACUAAUGGAAUGAUAAAGAUUAACAUUCUCAAUAAAUAAUAAUAUUACUGAAAUGUGAAACAGGACAAAACAUUCAAGUUUUUACUAAACAUUCUGUAGAAGAUUUGGGACAGUUGUCAUAUUCUUUUAUAAGUCCUACAGAAUCGCCAUCUACUUCAUUAAAGCAGAUGCAGCGAGGGUUUUCUACGCCAGGAGUGAAGAGUUGCCGAGGAACUCCUAUCCAGCCCCUUUUAACACCACCACUGGAAAACAAACAAUUUAAAUCUGUAUUAUAUUGAAAGUUGUUUCUACAUUUGUCUCUGUCACAGUACCCAUUUAUACUAUUAAAACAGCCGUAGCACACAGCUUGUAUUAUAUUACUAUGUAUGUAAAAAGAUUUUAAACCUAAUUGCUACAUACAAGUACAUAAAUCUCUAGGGUUCUGUAAUCAUAGAAAGUGAGAAUAUGUCCUCUGUAUCAAUAGAUCUGUUAACAAAUCUUUGCAAUAAAUGAAUGUAUUAGAAUG